AAACGGCAUUUUUGAAUGCGUCAACUGCUUCUUCAGGUGACCGAAACCUUUGAUCACGCAGUCUGUUCUUAAUUUUCGGGAAAAAAUCGUUAGGACUUAGAUCGGGACUAUAUGGAGGAUGAUCCAAUAAUUCCACGUUUUCUUCGGUUAAAUACUGCCUUGUUUUUUGGGCUGCGUGCGAGCUUGCGUUGUUUUGGUGGAGGAUGAUUC